GUAAAUACAACAAUUUAAUUUAUAUAUUGAUGAAGAUGUGUACCUUCUGCAUUAUCAGGAGGUUGUAAAUAUUCUAUAUGUGAUAGUUCAAUUCAGUUCUUGAACAGAUACCAUAUUAACAACAUCACGCGAAUCUAGGAAGCAAAAAUGAAGAUUAAGAAACAAUUAAUACAUGCAAUUACAAUCCUAUUUAUGAUAACUGUGAUUGGAAUAAAUAGUGCUGCAGUUAAAUAUGAUCAACGACAAGAAGGACAAGUAAAUGUUCGUGCUGAUUUAGAAAAUUUUGUUGUAUUAAUAAUACCAACAUCGACCGGAUCUGGUCUUAGUUUAUUUGAUUUAUUAACUCGAAUGAUACCACAUAAAGGUGAUUCGAAAAAGAGCAAAAAUCAUGAUGAUAUUGAAAAAUCAAUUGAAUCUGAUGAAGAAUUAAAACAUUUUAUUGAAUCAAAAUCAGCGGCACCAUAUCGUGUAGAUAUAUCACGAACUCGAAGUCAUUUGGCUAAAUUACAUCCCGAAUUAUUGCCAGUGAAUGAGGAAAUACUAAUAUCACCAACAAUUCAAGUUAAGAAACUGGAAAAUGCUACCGAAGAAAAUGAAACUCCAAGUGUACGAAGAUUUCGAAAAGCAAUAGUUCAAGUACCUGAUGAAUUAUAUAUAACUGGAGAAAUUAAAGGUGAAAAAUUUGAGAAACAACCGAUUCCUAUUAGUGAAUUAAAUAUUGAUCAAGAAGCACAAACUUUAGCGAUGGAAACGGAUUUAAUUAUUGAAGAUAGUAACCAAUCAGGUCCUGCAUUUAAUGAAAAACAAGCAAAAGAUGAACCAGAACAACUAAUUUUACUUGGUGCUUUAGAACAGUGUGGUCCAGGACGUAGACGAGAUGAUCACGGAGUCUGUAAAUUUAUUAAUGAUAAUUAAAAUUUAUUUAUAAAUUAAUUAUUAUCAAUA